AUGUCGUUACCCCCUUGCCAGAUUUUGUGCCAAUCAGAUUCUCAGACACAGCGAAAUGUUUUGGACACAUUGUUUGAGCCAUGUGACACGUUGGCACAAGUUUUAAUUCCAACAGUGUUUAGAAGUUGUUUCUCCACAUACAGCCACUUGAUCGAGGCAUGCAGAGAUCAACUGAAUAAACUGUACCUCCAGUAUAUCAACGACCGAACUUUGAAGCCGACGAUCGACAACAUAGUCUCUGCACACCCAAGACUGGGUCCCCCAAAAGACGCGAAUGCAAAACUCUCGUCACACUCCUCCUCAGAACAGGCUCAACUCAACGCGGACCCUGAGCUUGCACAGAAAUUGGUGGAACUUAACGAUCGCUACGAAGCUACCUUCCCAGGACUCCGAUUUGUCGUUUUUGUGAACGGACGGUCAAGAGACGAGAUAAUGAAAAUCAUGAACGAGCGCAUCGCGAGGAAUGAUUUGGACGCCGAGAUCAAAGAGGCCUUCGACGCCAUGUGCGACAUAGCCCUCGACAGGGCGAAGAGAAACCAGUCCAAGUUGUAA